UAUAAACAACCUUGGCAUCCCCAACUGCAUAACUGCGGAACACCCACAGGAGCACUGGACUCUUGUGCUCUUUAGUAGUAGGAGAGGGGUUAAUGUCAACAGUAUGGGACAUCAGGUGAUAAUAUUUGACUUUUCUGUCAUAAGAGGACUGUGGGAAACUCGAGUUAAGAAGAGCAAAGAACGUCAGAGGAAAGAGAAAGAAAGAUUAGAAAAAAGCUCAUUGGAAAAGAUAAAACAAGAAUGGAAUUUCAUACUAGAGUGCCAGAAGAAAGGCAUUCCUCAAUCAAAAUAUCUCAAGAAUGGCUUUGUAGACACAGAUAAGAAGAUCUUGGACACUUAUGGAAAGACUCCUCAGCUCCAGAAAAGGCAUGAUUUGCCAAAUGAAACAAAUAAAGAAAGAAACAAGUUUAUUUUUCAGCUUUCUGGAGAGCGGUGGAUGGAAUUCCCAGAUUCCCUGAAAGAACAGACAUAUCUGAAAGAAUGGCAUGUGAACCGUACAUUGAUACAAACCAUUCCAGCUUACAUUGCAUUAUUUCAAGAUCUGAGAGUACUGGAGUUGUCAAAAAAUCAAAUCAAUCAUCUCCCAGUGGAAAUUGGCUGCUUAAAAAACCUCAGAGUGCUCAAUGUGAGUUUUAAUAACUUGAAGUCAGUCCCUCCAGAAUUGGGUGAUUGUGAGAAUUUGGAAAAGCUGGAUUUAUCUGGAAAUAUGGAAAUAACAGAACUCCCAUUUGAACUAAGUAACCUGAAACAGGUCAUGGUUGUGGACAUGUCAGCAAACAAGUUCCAUUCUAUUCCAAUUUGUGUGCUCCGGAUGUCUAAUUUGCAAUGGCUGGAUAUUAGCAACAACAACUUGAAAGAUCUCCCAGAAGACAUAGACAGAUUAUAUCAACUGCAGACACUUCUCCUACAGAAAAACAGGUUGACUUAUCUUCCACGAGCUCUGGUCAAUAUGUCAAAGCUCAACUUGCUUGUUGUUACUGGCAAUGACCUCACUGAGAUACCCACAGCUCUUUGUGAGUCUACCACAGGUUUAAAAUUCAUAAGUCUGAAGGACAGCCCAGUUGAAACUAUUGUAUGUGAAGACACUGAAGAAAUUAUAGAAAGUGAACGUGAAAGGGAGCAACUUGAGAAACAGUUUAUGAAAGCAUACAUUGAAGACCUAAAGGGAAGGGAUUCUGCUCCUUCCUACACUACGAAAGUAUUACUCAGUCUACAGCUCUGAAGAUCAAACAUCUCUAAAUCCCUAGUGAAUAUCAGAAUAACUCUUUUUUUUUUCUAGCCAUCUGAAUAGAAGACACAAAUGGCCAGAAGCACUUAAUGAGUUUUUUUCUUUGUUAGUGAAGUUGCUCCAGUAACUAGAGAUAAAACAAAGAGCAACAGAGCCUUUGUAAGAUGGUGUUUCACCUUUUAAAUCAACAUAUUUAUCUUCAAGUCCACAUCAACACUAUUUACAUAUAGAUCAGCUAGAAGUAAAUUUUCACUGUAAUAAAUUUUACACAGGCAUAGACGCCUUUGGGAUGAGGACAUUGUACAUUUUAGUUGAAACAGUGUAACAUAAAUAAUAAUUUUAAGAAGAGGUUUGACUUUAUAAGAUGAGAAAGAGUAAUUUAGGAUAGGAUUAAUUUAGAAUGUGAUCUGUUGUAUUCCUAAGACCAAAUAAAACAUUUACUGCAUUGAAAUAUCUAAAAUGCAAGUACAUACAUAGCUGUUUGCAUUUAUUUAUGUUUUUGAUGGAAAUUGUCUUCCUCAGGAUUUUCAGUUUAGAUAAGUUUCAACAAUUUUACCUAUGGAAACUGGAGCAAUUCUGCUGCUUUUUUCAAGCAUAUUAUAGCUUUUACCUGUUUGAGAAUUCAAGUGUGAAUGUGACUGAAACUUUUGUGUUAAGCAUUCUUAGGACACAUCAGUGUAUUGAAGAAGAUUUUAAGGACUAAGCAGCAUGAACAAAUACUAUUAGCAAAACGAGACUAAUGGUUUCAGAUUACGGGACUUUGUGGACAUUUUCCAAGUUGCAUAAGAAUGAAUUUGCUGCAUAAAAGUUUAUAUUGCUUGUUACUUAAUAAUAUACAUAUAAUUAUGUAAGUGUAUGUAUUGUAGAGUUUCAGAAAUCUAGUUUUACCUAUGUAUUUUUUGUUUAAUAAAUCAAUACUUUCUGAUCCGAAAA